AUGUGCAUGAAUGGUGUGAGCAUCAUCACAUACAACAAAGCGAUCUGGGAAUGCGGCACAAAAAGGCAAGCUUGGACCAGAGCCGUAUCACUUGUAGAUGAGCUUCACUGCAAGAGCUUAGAAGCCGACGUGGUCACCUACAACUCUACAGUCGGGGCCAUCGUGAAGACUCUGGCAGCAUGGCAGGUGGCCAUGCUGGCUCUGCAGUGCGCGGCCUCCUGCCGGGUACGUCAGGAUGUGAAGGCAUGCAGCAGCUUUAUCUCAGCCUGUGGGACGACAAAGCGGUGGCGAAACGCUCUCUUCGUCGCAAGCCAAAUCCAUUUGACUAGCCUGCGGAUUGAUUCGAUUGCAGCUACCUCUGCCAUCAACGCGCUUGAGCGAACAUCCAGCUGGCAGCAGGCCAUCAUUCAUCUUCUUGAUAGCAAACACAAGCAGUGGCAACCAUCAAGUUUUGCUGGCAAUGCUGUCAUCCGAGCAGCUAAAUGUGAGUGGGGUUCCGUGGCGCGAUGCAUUUUAACGACUUUGCAAGCUCGCGACAUCGUGGGCGAUUUAAUCACAUACAACAGCAUGAUUGAGGCAGCCUCUGAAUGGCCAGAAGCUUCAUCAAUUCUAUUGGAGAUUUCUGACCGGUACUUGCGGCCAGAUGUCGUUACACUAAACAGCCUUUUGGCUGUGUUCUCACGCUUGGCUCAGUGGCAGCGAGCACUGGUCAUGCUCGACGCCUCACAUGAACACGACGGCCUGCAAGCUGACACUGUGUCGUACAACACUGCCAUUACAACGUGUGGCAGGUGCAGCAAGUUUGCGCAGGCACUGCAUGUGUUGGAUGGAAUGUUACAGCAGAAUUUGCAGCCUGAUGUUAUUACACAGAGUGCUGCAAUGCAAUCCUGUGCAAGAGCGACAGCUUGGCAGAUGGCAUUGUCUCUCAGCACAAUGCAGAUGGACAUGAAUGCGAUUGCUCUGAAUGCUGUUCUCAUAAGCUGUGAAAGGUCAUGCGAAUGGCAGCUGGCUGUGCGACAACUAAAAGCAUCGUGCGAGACACGCAUUGCCGCUGAUGUGCCGAUGUUUAAUGCGGCCAUUGCUGCAUCAGCAAAUUUGGUAAGGUGGAAGAUCAGUUCGCAUGUGUUGGCGGGAAUGAUUUUGGAGGCGUUGCGCCCGGACAUUGUGACUUACAAUGCUGUGGGCAGUGCGUGCGAAAGGUCAGUACGGUGGGCCCGCACAUUAUUGUGGCUGCGCAACAGUCAUCUGCACGGCUUUGAGCCAGAUGUGUUGACGUGGAUGUCUGCCAUAGGCGCAUGCCAGGUAUCCUGCCGCUGGAAGCGAGUGUUGGCCUUAGUUCGGGGCGUUCAGGAUUCUGUCGCAGGACAGGCGGGAUGGCUAGGACGGCUGCAGCCGAACCUUUUAUUGCACGAGAAGGUGGUCAACACUCUUUGGAACUGUGGAAGGCUUUGGCAGAUGCAACACUACAUUCCCCGUGCUUGUUCGACAUUCCAAAUCUUUGAACUUUUGCGCAGAAGCGCACGGCGGAAGACUUGA